AUGAGUAGGGGCUCAAGCGGCUUGAACCAAUGGGGACACAUGUGCGCCACUCCCCUUCCACAUCAUUGGUGGCCAGCCGGCUAUGAGACAAGUAGUGGUUGUACACACACAAGAAAAGGACUUGAUCAUGAAUGUAAUAUUACUUUAUAUUUGCCAGAAACUUCAACUCACAAUCGAUGUGAGACUAAACCCGUGUCACCUUCCCCAAAAAGAGCAAGCAACCAGCACGAGUUUGAAUCCUCCUAGAGCCAAAACUCAUAUUUUUUUAUCUGAUUAUCGCGACUUUUCUGUAGAUUGCUAAUAAAAGAUUAAGCAACCAGAAUUGUUGGAUCAUCGGCAAAAAUCUCAUCAAUGCGAUUCGUAGAGCAUUGUUACUAAAAUUUCUGAAUAAUUCAUGAUAAAAGAAUUACGAAUCCAUCGAGUAAAGUAUCUCCAAUUGAUCGACGAACAAGUCGUUGUUAAGAAGAGGACGAUCCACUAAGAGACAAGUCACCACCUCCUAAGAGCUUACUAGAUGCGAUGAAGAGCCUCAUCUUGUUAUGCAAACUUGAGGAUAAAGCUCUCUAACACAUGCCCCACCUCCAUUUAGCUCUUCUCCGUCGGGUGACAACUGUUAGAGAGUCGCAAAGUCGUCGUUUUUCUACUCUGUCGAGUGACAACCGCUGAAGACAAUUUGACGACCCAUUUCAUUGAUCUCUAGACUUUGUAAGGAGAUCUAGAGAUUGCCCACAUCAUCUUUGUCCAAGGAGAGUUUUCGAGGCCGUCGACACUACAUGACUAUCUUCCCUAACGCUCAGGAUUUCGGUACAUCACUGACGCAUCACCGCCGCAAUGCCAGAACUCUAUUUUCCUACUUUCAACUUACUUUGCACUUCAUUUAGUGAUAAUUUGUGUGAUUUUAAUUUACCAAAAUAUAUUUUAUUUAAUUACGAUACUUUCGACUUUUACAGAUCUUAAUUUAAUCAAUUAAAUCAUUUGUAAUCACUUACGUAAGAAUCACCGGGUGAACUUUGUUUUCGCUUGAUUUGCGUUCGCUGAGUGCUGAUGUCAUCUUGACGUCCACACCUUUAUUUUCUUUUUUUGUGAAUUUUAAAUAUAUUUUAUUUUCAUUUCUUAGUAUAAAAUUCAUAGAAAUUAGUAUUCUUUGAGGAAAAUUCUGAAUAAUUACCAUAUAUUAUAUUACAUCCUUGUGAUUGAUUUGGAAAAUUUAUGCUAUUUUUAAAAGUUUUAUUAAAUUAUACUUGAUAUAUUUGUUCAGAAAUACUUCUAAAUAUCUAAAAUUUUAUAUUUUUCUAGUUUUAUAAAUUUUAAAUUUAUGUAAUUUACUAAAUAAUGACUGAGUCACGUCAGGGAUCACAUAGAAAGCGUGAUUGCUCAAGCUUCAACAAUAAGUCAUAGUUGAACACCAUUCAAUCGAGCAAUGACGAGGAUGAAGUUAAAAAAGACAUCAACUCUUUUGAAAUCAUCAAAUGCUUGCAACUAACACAAGGACAAUCAGAAAAGAGAUUAGUGUAUGUUAGGGCCCAAGUUGAUGAAGAAAUAGUUGCAGCAAUGGUAGAUAGUGGUACAACAAGUAGCUUCAUUUCUCUAGAAGAAGCUUAG